GUGAGGUCUCAGGUGAGACUGAGUUCUUCAGAGUGGCCGUAUUAUGACCUACUGUCAUCUGAAUAUCCACGUACCCAUCCUGCAGUUGUGGUUGAAUGAAGAGCUGGAGCUAAAGGAGGACUUCAGACUGAGUAGACGGGCCAUACAUGCUCUGCAGAGACUGCUGAAAAGCGAGCAGGAUCAUGGCUGGGGCCAUGAACUGGAGGUCCUCAUGUAUCUUUACUGGCUUGCUCAUGGACUGUCGUAUCGUGUGGUGCCACGGGUAUUCAGUGUACCCCGAUCAACAGUCCACCGUGUCAUUCACAAAACCGCUCAAAACAUCUGGUACAAUUUACAUCGAGCCAUCUCUUUCCCAAAGCCUGCAGAUCUGGACAAUAUUGGACUUAGAUUUGGCCAGAUAUCUAAAAAUCCAGUGUUUGAUAAAGCUGUAGGUGCCAUUGAUGGCUGCCACAUUCGAAUCAAGCCCCCAUCACUACACCGGUUGGACUAUCUGAAUUACAAGGGCUUUUUCUCUGUAAACAUGCAGGCCAUUUGUGAUGCAUCUGGGAGAUUUCUAGAUAUAUUUGUUGGAUAUCCAGGAUCUGUACAUGACACCCGAAUUUUAAAAAAUAGCCCCUUUUACCUGUCUAAAAGGUACCCUCUCGAUGGAUACUUUCUGCUUGGUGAUGGUGGAUAUCCUUGUUUGGAGACUCCAAUCUGCUUAAUCACGCCAUACAAGGAGCCAGUGAAUGGACGGGAGCGGAAACUAUUUAAUAAACAUCAAUCAAAGGGGCGUUCAAUAGUCGAGAGAGCUUUUGGUGUAAUGAAGACCCGAUGGAGGAGUACACUUUUCAAGGCCUUGGAGGUGAAGCCCACAUUUGCGCCACAGGUUAUCGCAUCGUGUGCCUUCCUGCACAAUGUGUGCAUAGAUAACGGGGAUGUCCUUGAACCUGAUGAUGAUGCUGUGGCACAGGACGACCUGGAUCCAGAACCUCUGCAGGAAGCCCCUGCACCACAUGAGAGGCCAGGGAAUGAGAGGCUCAUUCUAUAA